UCUAGCAGUGUUUCUGCCGCUUGGGGCGUGUGGCCUGGGUAGAAGCUCCCGUCUGGUCCGCUGCCGGCUCUCCUCUACGCUCCCGUCGAACAAGCAUGGACGUCCAGAAGGAAGCGCAGCGCAUCAUGACCCUGUCGGUGUGGAAGAUGUACCACUCCCGCAUGCAGCGAGGCGGCUUGCGCCUCCACCGGAGCCUGCAGCUGUCGCUCGUCAUGCGCAGCGCUCGGGAGCUCUACCUCUCGGCCAAGGUAGACGCCCACCAGCCCGAGUUCCCGCCGCCCGGCAGAGCCCUUGACCCGCGCCUGCAGCCGCCGCGGGAAGCCGGAGCUGCAGCGAGAGCAGCGCGCCCCGACGCCGAGCAGCCCGCGGAGCCCAUGGACACGCAGGAGGAAGCGCCGCCGGUCCCCGAGCCCCCUGCGCGCGGCGACCCGACCCCCGCCAGGGGCAGCCGCAAGCGCCGGAGCAGCAGCAGCCUGAGCGACGGCGCCGAGGCCGGACCGGCCCCGAGCAAGAAAGCGCGUCUGGAAGAGGCGGGGAGGGAGGCGCCGUCGGAGGGCCCGGGCCUCCCGCAGCCCGCCCCCGCGCCCGCCGAGGGCGCCUUCCCCAACCUCGCCCGCGUCCUGCAGAGGCGCUUCUCCAGUCUGCUGAACUGUGGGCCCGCCGUGCCCCCGCCGGCGCCCCCCACGUGCGAGGCCACGCCGGCCUGCCGCCCGGCCGACAGCAUGCUCAGCGUGCUGGUGCGAGCCGUGGUGGCCUUCUGAGGACUCGGAGCGGCGCCACGGAGCCGAGAACACACACUAGAGGCGGGGGCCGGCGGGGCCGGGGAGAGCCGCGGCCCGAGCCGCCGAGAGCGCCGGGGAAGAACUGAGGAGCUGGGGCGCGGGCGCCUUCUCCCGGACGUGCGUCCGCAGGUGCUGUUAAAGGACCGUCCCUUCUGUGGCUGGGAUAAGGGACACCUGGAUCUUGAAUCUCAGGGUCGGACUCGGGGCCCGGGCUGCCCUUUCAAGGCCGUUUAACUGGCGUACGCGUUUCGGCCCCUACCAGUGGCACGCUUGUGCAAGCGGUCAGAGUUGCGUCAUGGGACAGACGCUGGUGCUUCCUGUUGCCGUGCGUGGGUGUGGGGCCUGGGAGGAGGCCAGGGUGUGGACCCGCCCUAGGGACUGGGAAGUUACUUGAGUCACCUCGCCCCCACAGGCUGCUGUGGAUGAGCCGGCCUUCGGCUGAGAGCCUGAACUGGACCAAGCAAAUCUUUCAGCAGUCCGGGGUGGAGUGCCUGAGACCCCCGGACCCGGCAGCCCAGACUGAUCGCCUGGCGUGGACCACCUCGGGAAGGGUGGGCGGCCGGUCGCAGUUGCUGUGGUGGACACGACCUCUUCGGGCAGGAAAGGAAAUUUCUUGCCAGCGUGUUUAAGAAAGUCUGUUUACUUUUGUGGUGGUGGGUUGUGUCUAACGCCCAUCUGCCUGACGUUUUAGCUUUUGUCAGUUACGAAAAUAAAGACCGUCGGAGUGAACCGCG